CAGACGCAACACACUACAGGCAGGCAGGCUACCAGACAGACUGGCAGACAGGUAGGCAGCAGUCAGGCACCAUGACCCAAACAGUAAACAGCCUCAGCUCGGUGACCUGUGACAACAGAUGUCAACCACAGAACUGAACACUGAAGUUUACUUUGAGAGCCUCAGAGGAGCUGGAGUAAGCAGAAAAUAAGACAAAUAACAAGACGGGAUGAGGAGUGCUUGACUGCUGUUUUUUAGGCUGAGGAGGAGGGAGUAUUUUACUCACUUUUUCUGCAGUUUCUGAACCUGUGGAAUUCCAUUCAUGAGCCAGAGGAGGACUAAAGCCAGCAUGGUAUUCAGCUGGCAGAAGUCCUUUGCCAUCCUGACCCCCUGGAGGAAAGGAAAGGGGGACAAUGUGCUUGAAAAUGAGGUUAUCCUGACCAAGAUGAAGCUCUUCAACAACUUCCAUGAGAAGCUACUCAACAAUGCUGUUGAUUCUUCAUCCACUAUUGCCAUGUCAGUUUCUGAGCAGGACAUCUCUGAGCCUGUCAAAGGCUUGGAGGGGAAUGCUGACUUGGAUAACAUGCCUGGACAGCCCCUGAUGGAGUCAAGCUCAGACUACCUGUCACACAUUUUCUCAAACUCUCAGCUUCCCAGGCUGUACAAGUUUGAGUCAGAGGACUCUGGGGUGGAACUGCCCAGUGGAACCAACUCUCCCUCCACACCCACCGGCUCGGAGCAGAGCUUUGUGGUCCACAGCCGGGAACCCUCCUAUGACUCCUGUAACCUCAACACUCCUGUUCCUACCCCAGAUCCACUCCUCACGUUAGAUCAGUGCUCUGACACCAAACAAACAGAGGGUAUGAGAGACACACCAUGUAUGACUGCAGACAGUGCAGUGCAGGAGUGUGAUAUGGUGGAGUCGGGGGCUGAACUCAACACAGAAGUUGAGAGGGUAGACCUUCACAUAACUGAGAAGGACAUAGAUAUGGAGCGGGCCCAGCACACAGCCUUGAGGGACCCCACUGAGGACAGUGAAGGGGUUUCAGAGCAGCUGGGUGAGAACAGGGCUGUAACUGAGGGGGUCAACUCAGAGAACACAAGGCCCAGGAGACAGUGCCUUACAGGGGCCUGUGACGAUAUGACAGGGGUUGACUUUGAGCAGCGGCCUCUGAGGAAAGGAACGACGAGUGACAGCCUGGAGGAGUAUAUGGAGGAAUGCUGCAGACUGAGUGAGGUCCACCAAGCCAGCUCCAACCCCCUGGGCUCCGGACUGGGCUACCUGGAGCACAUCUGCCAGCUCAUCGAGAAGAUUGGUCAGCUCCAGGAGCACAACCUCAGGCUGCAGAAGCAGAUCUGUGGCCUGCAGAAGGAUGGAAAGAUGACCAAGACCAAAGAGGAUUUCUUCCUGCAGCACUGUAGCUGUGGAAUGGCCGGCCUGGCCUUUCAGGAGAAGAAAAGACAUUCCAGGAGUGAGUUCCUGACCACCUCCAUGAGUGGCACCCUCUCUGACCUGUCCACCAUCCCUGAGGUCACACGUCACACAGGACUCACAGCCAGGAGAGAGAGUGACCAGGAUGGAUGCCAGCCCCUGGUGCCCCUUUGUAGGAGGGGCCUGAAUCGGAAGAACUACACAGAGGGAGAGGCACGCUUUUAUCUCUGUGACAGUACAGAGGGUCUCUCUGCCCCACACAAACGGCUGAGUGAGAACUACACGUGGGGCAGAGUGAAGGAUCUGGUGAAGCAGACCAAGCUGAGGAACCAGAGCAGACUGGGACAGACAUCCACCUCCCUGAAGAGAUCCUGUCCACAGCUCUACCGCCCUGACCUGGGACCAGUGGAACUACCAGGAAGAAACAGGAACUCCAUGGUCGCCUUGGGCCAUCAGAACAAACUGGACUUCCAGUGGCCCCAGUAACAAAUAAGAUACGAAACAGAUGGCCCAGAGUGGGAAGAGACAGCCCUGAAGAGGAGGACAAAGUGAAGUUGCACAGAUUCUUGACUGGACUGGGAGAGG